UUUACUAUAUGCUAAAAUUUCAAGCCAGUAUUAUUGCCAAAAAGUAGUGGUAUGUGGACUUUAGUUGACUUGAAGUAAGAAUGAUCAAAGUCUUCAUAUGGAAAACGAGCGGUCUGAAAUAAGCAUAGUUAAAUGUCUUUCGUCGUAUUGGAGCAAAGUUGUUUUCUCCAAUAAUUCAUCCUAAACCAGUUCAUUCAGAUUUCAACUCUACUGAAAUAAUUUUCUCUGUUCUUCUAUCACUAUGGGGAACUGUAUGUCCUUCCAACCUUCAUGUGAUGCGACGCUGGACCGUAUCAUUAGCGUCUUAUGUAGUAAAGGUUACAUUGGAAACCUCAAGAAGAAUCUCAGGGAUCUGCAAAGGGAAACGGAAGAUCUCAGAGCAAUUCAUGAUGUGGUGAAGAACAAAGUAGCUAGAGAGAAGGUAAAACAUCGACACAUGCUUAAACCUGUCCAGGUAUGGCUUACACGUGUUGAGAGCUUCAAUACACGGGUUGAUGAUACUCUUAGUACUAGUCCUGCUCAGCUUCAAAAGCUGUGUCUAUGUGGUUUGUGCUCAAAAAACGUAUAUUUAAGCUAUAACUAUGGGAGAAGAGUAUUCUUGUUGUUGGAAGAGGUUAAGAAACUAAAAUCAGAGGGUAACUUUCAAGAACUUACUGAGUUGACUAUGAUAUGUGAAGUGGUGGAGAGGCCUACUCGGACUACGGUUGGUCAGGAAGAAAUGCUCGAAACGGCGUGGGAAAGACUAAUGGAAGAGGACGUUGGAAUCAUGGGUCUGCAUGGAAUGGGUGGUGUAGGUAAAACUACCCUGUUUAAACAAAUCCACAACAAGUUUGCAACGAUGUCUGGUAAGUUCGAUGUUGUGAUCUGGAUCGUGGUGUCUCAAGGUGCAAGUAUCUCGAAGCUUCAAGAAGAUAUUGCACAGAAGCUACGUCUUUGCGACGACCAGUGGACACGGAAAGAUGAAAGUGAUAAGGCCGCGGAGAUGCAUAGAGUUUUAAAGGGGACUCGGUUUGUUUUGAUGCUUGAUGACAUAUGGGAGAAAGUUGAUUUAGAAGCCAUCGGAGUUCCGGAACCGACUAGAGAAAAUGGAUGCAAAGUAGCAUUCACCACGCGUUCUAAGGAAGUAUGUGGGAGGAUGGGGGAUCAUGAACCGAUGCAAGUCAAGUGUUUGGAAAGAGAUCAAGCAUGGGAGUUGUUUAGAAUCAAGGUUGGAGAGAGUACGUUAAGUAGAGAUCCCAACAUUGUCGAGCUUGCAAGGAAGGUCGCUGAAAAAUGCCAUGGUCUGCCUUUAGCGCUCAGUGUUAUCGGUGAGACAAUGUCAUAUAAAACUACGGUAGAAGAAUGGGAGCAUGCAAACUAUGUUUUGACAAGAUCCGCAGCAGAGUUUUCCGACAUGGAAAAUAAGAUUCUUCCAAUUCUGAAGUACAGCUACGAUAACUUGGCGGACGAACAUAUCAAAUCUUGUUUUCUGUAUUGUGCUCUCUUUCCGGAAGACUAUGAGAUAGUUAAAGAGAGUUUGAUAGAAUGCUGGAUAUGCGAGGGAUUCGUCGGGGAGUACCAAGUCUUGAAAAGAGCGGUGAAUAAAGGUUAUGAGCUACUAUGUACCCUUAUCCGUGCAAAUCUACUAACGGAGUUUGGUACAAUAAAGGUUGGGAUGCAUGAUGUGAUUCGAGAAAUGGCUCUAUGGAUUGCAUCGGAUUUGGGGAAACAGAAAGAGAGUUUUGUCGUGCAAGCUGGUGUCGGACUACAUGAUGUACCAAAAGUUAAGGAUUGGGGAGCUGUGAGAAGGAUGUCAUUAAUUGGUAAUCAUAUUAAAGAUAUAACACAACCUAUAAGCAUGUGUUCUCAACUUACUACUCUGCUCCUACAGAAAAAUGGUUUGGACUAUCUAUCAGGUGAAUUCAUCCAAUCUAUGCAAAAGCUAGUUGUUUUGGAUCUAUCUAGAAAUGACAUCAUUGGUGGACUUCCAGAGCAGAUAUCAGAGCUGACCUCCUUGCAGUAUCUUGACGUGUCCUAUACAAAUAUACGUCAACUGCCAGCUAGUUUCCGAGGGUUAAAGAAGCUAACUCACCUGAAUUUGACUGGUACAGAAAGACUUGGUAGUAUCCGAGGGAUAUCAAAGCUGUCGAGUUUAACAAGUUUGAAACUACUUAAUUCUAAAGUUCAUGGAGAUGUUAACUUAGUGAAGGAGCUGCAGCACUUGGAGCAUCUACAAGUCCUAACCAUUAGUAUAUCUACGGACGCAGGCUUGGAGGAACUGUUAGGCGAUCAAAGGCUGGCGAAGUGCAUCGAUUCUCUGAGUAUUCGUCGUCUCAAUAUUACCCUCGAUGUUCAGCUAAGACCAAUCUACUUAUCGUUGCUGAUGAGUAUGGAGAAUCUCCGUCACAUCAAUGUUACAAACAUUGAUGUCUCAGAGAUUGAUACCAAUGAAAACUGGAGGAAAAGCAAGAGAAACUCGUCUGGUUUACACAAUCCGACGGUUCCAUAUUUCUUCACCAACCUCUCCACCGUGGGGAUAGUUGACUUGAAUGGAAUGACGGAUCUCACUUGGCUGCUGUUUGCUCCGAAUCUUGUCAAACUCCACGUUGGAAAUUCAGAAGAAGUGAAAGAGAUUAUAAACAAAAAGAAAGCGAAAAAGGUUACAGGUAUUUCACCACCUUUUCAGAAACUAGAAAUGAUAUUGUUGGAACUUGAAGGGUUGCCAAAGCUGGAGAGUAUCUACUGGACUCCUCUUCCCUUUCCAUUUUUGAAGAAAAUAGUGAAACUAGAGUGUCCCAAGCUGAGAAAGCUUCCGUUAAAUGCUACAAGCGUCUCACGAGUUGAUGAGCUUUCGAUAGUAAUGAAGCCUGAAGAGGAAGCUCAGCUUGAAUGGGAGGACGAAGAUACCAAAAAUCGUUUCUCGCCUUUAAUCAGUCUGGGCAGAGAGAUGUAAACACCUUUCAACCUGGCUCCAGGCUAUAUCUGAUGUUUUCUCUUCCAGUUUCUUGAUGCGUUGUUGUUCAUUUGGAUUAUUGUACCAUUUGCUUUUCCUUUGCAUACGAGUGUCUUGUGUUGUUCACUUAAAAUAUGUUAUCAUUCUCCAUUUGUAUAACGUAAGACAUUGUAUCACUUGAAAUAUGUUAUCAUGUGAUGCCUGCACUUUUACUGAGGAUUUUGA